AGGACUGGACUGGACUGGACUCAAACUCUGAGCAAGCGUCACAUAGGAACGCCAACGCAGGAGCAGCAAGACCUUUUAAUAUUUCUGCUUCACUUGAAUGCCACGGUUAACUGACGAUGAAGCGAAGCCGUGUCCCGAGCACCAGUGAGGACUCAGAUAAUGGAAGUAACUCCACUUCCUGGUCUCAGCACUCCAAGCACAGGAAACAGAAUGGAAAAAGACCCUCAGAGGUGUUCAGGACAGACCUGAUCACUGCUAUGAAGCUGCAUGAUUCAUACCAGCUGAAUCCAGAGGAUUAUUAUGAGCUGGCCGAUCCCUGGCGGCAGGAGUGGGAGAAAGGGGUUCAAGUUCCUGUUAGUCCUGACACCAUUCCGGAGUGUACUGUGCACACUGUAGCUGAGAAAUGCCCCGCUCCUCUGUUCAUCAAGCCGAAGAAGCUGAUUCGCUCAUCUGAGUCAUCAAUGCUGGGGUACGUGGGUAUACAGACGCUGGCUGAUGGCAUGUGUCGUUAUGAUCUGAAUGAGGAGGACGUCGUUUGGCUGCAGAUCGCUAAUGAGGAGUUCAGCAAGAUGGGCAUGCAACUCCUGGAUGAGCUGACGAUGGAGCGGGUCAUGGAAGAGUUUGAGCGCCGUUGUUAUGACAACAUGAGCCACGCUAUGGAAACGGAGGAGGGGCUUGGCAUCGAGUACGAUGAGGACGUGGUGUGUGACGUCUGUCAGUCCCCCGACGGCGAGGACGGCAAUGAAAUGGUGUUCUGUGACAAGUGCAACAUCUGUGUGCAUCAGGCGUGUUACGGUAUACUGAAGGUUCCUGAGGGCAGCUGGCUUUGUCGAACCUGUGCGCUGGGCAUCUUUCCCAAAUGCCAUCUGUGUCCUAAAAAAGGCGGGGCUAUGAAACCCACUCGAAGUGGCACCAAGUGGGUCCACGUCAGCUGUGCCCUCUGGAUACCAGAAGUAAGCAUUGGUAACCCUGAGAAGAUGGAGCCUAUCACUAAUGUGUCUCAUAUACCCAGCAACAGAUGGGCUCUAAUAUGCUGCCUGUGUAAAGAGAAGACAGGAGCUUGUAUUCAGUGUUCUGCCAAAAGUUGCCGAGUGGCGUUCCACGUGACUUGUGGUCUGCAGUGUGGGCUGAAGAUGAACACAAUUCUCACAGAGGCGGAUGAAGUCAAGUUUAAGUCUUUUUGUCCCAAACACUCAGGCAUGGACUGGAAUGAGGAAGAGGGAGAUGAUGACAGGCCAGUGAAGGUCCAGACAAGCGAAAAGAGAGGGAGAAAUCGAGGAGUGGACAUGUCAUCCUCAUCACAGCCCAGACUCGCACAAAACCCAGAAGAGACCAGACUCAGCGAGCGCAAACUUCGAGUCCAGCAGCUGGAGGACGAGUUCUUUCGCUUCGUCGCCGCUGAUGAAGUUGCAGAGCACCUGCAGUUGCCCUUGGAAUCUGUGGACUUCCUGUUCCAAUACUGGAAAUUGAAAAGAAAGGUGAAUUUUAACCAGCCGCUCAUCAUGCCGAAGAAAGAGGAAGAGGACAGCCUUGCCCGGCGGGAACAGGAAGUCCUUUUGCGGCGACUCCGUCUCUUCACGCAUUUAAGACAGGAUCUAGAGAGGGUGCGUAAUUUGACAUACAUGGUCAGCCGUCGGGAGAGAAUUAAACGAAGCUUGUGUCGAGUGCAGGAGCAGAUCUUUCAUCACCACAUCAGGCUGCUCGAACAGGGACGCGUCGCUGGUAUAUCUUCUACUAGACGUUUGGAAGAGGCUAUGUUUACCUUUCGGAAGGCACCUCCUGUACCUACAUCCCCCCAGCCUCUGAAGGGUCACUGUGGCCAGAACAGUGCCCUGGGCACCGCUGUUCAAAAUCAUGAGAAAGGAAGCAACCCUUCGAAAGUCUCAAAGCAUAUUGAAGCAGACAAGCCUGCAAAGAUGCCCCGACUGGAAAGCCUGGUCAUGGACUGUGUGCCCAGUUCUGGGGUCAUCGAUUCAGGCUCUGGAGCUUGUAAGACUGCAACAUCAGCUACAGCGAAAUGCUCGGAGGGCAGGCUGAUGGGAGGUGAGCCUCAUAGAAGAGAUGAGGAAAGCGAGCACCCCCUGGAGGACAGGAGGAGAAGGAGCAAGCUGUGGGAACUGAGACAGUCGAAGUCUAUGGAGGACACGGUGAAGAACGAGACUGAGCAUGACAACAUGGACGACAGGCUACUGCUGUCUCACAACAGAACCACUGCUAGUUCUGUAGUCACUGCUUCGAACACAUAUAACGGAUCACUGAGGAAGACAAACCCAUGUCAACAUCAGGGAAAAAUAGUGCCGAAUGGGCGGCAUCUGAAAAACUGGGGCAGUUUCAGAAUCCCUAAACGGAGUGAAAGAAUAUCAAAGGGGAAAGAUGGACCGGACGGCAAUGACGUGGCGGACCAAAAUUCUUCCUUAAAAACAUUUAAUACAAGUCCCGCCUCCUCCCCACAAAUUAGGACCCGGCUGCGGACAGGAAGUGAGAACCGAAGCCACGUUGAAGAGUCUGAUCUUGGCCAAUCAGAACAGGGCAAGAGGUGUCACACCCAAAGACUUCGCAGCCCGAUGACUAGACGUUACGGUUCGGACGUGAUCCAGCGUGGAGUUCUUGCGUCAUGAAAUAUUCUAUUUCUCAUUUUCAUUUGCUCUUCAGUGAAAGGCGAACAUAUUUAUUUUUCUAUUCUGUAAUUCUCUGCUGUUGCUGAUACUAUUUUUUUGAGUGUACGUUAAAAGAACAUAACGCAGAGAAGUUUCAAAGACCAAACAA